GUUGUUGUCAACGUCCCCGUGCAUUCAACAUACGAGAGUACCAUCCAAAAGUAGACGUAAAUUUUGCUUUUACAAAACAAGUAUAUUUAUAAAUAACGAUGACCUACUUUUGAAUGGCAUUAACAAUCCUCAACUGAAAACUUUACUGAUUUAAGAAUAAAUUUUUUAACUUAAUAUUAAUUGAAAACUAAUAGAUAAAUGGCUACUUUAAAUGAUAGCAAGGAAUGUUUCUUGAAUUUGAAUAUUGGAGUUUUGGGACAUGUUGACAGCGGAAAAACAUCUCUUUCGAAAUCUUUGAGCACUGUAGCUUCUACUGCAGCAUUUGAUAAGAAUCCUCAAAGCAAAGAGAGAGGCAUUACUCUGGAUCUUGGUUUUAGUUCUUUUUUGGUAAACUGUCCUGACCAUUUGAAAGACAAUAAUUAUGAAAAGCUGCAAUUUACUUUAGUUGAUUGCCCGGGGCAUGCUUCUCUUAUAAAAACAAUUUUAGGUGGCGCACAAAUCAUAGAUAUGAUGUUAUUAGUAAUUGAUGUUGUAAAAGGGAUGCAAACACAGACAGCAGAAUGUUUAAUUAUUGGUGAGAUUUUGUGUGAAAAGAUGAUUGUUGUUAUCAACAAAAUUGAUCUUAUUUCUGAGGAUAAACGAAGUUCAGUUGUACAAAAGAUGAAAACGAGACUACUGAAGACAUUAGAAAAUACUAAGUUUAAAAAUGCACCUGUUGUAGCUGUUGCUGCAAAAUUUGGAGAGACUGACAGUGAAAGACCAGAAACAAUUGGUUUAGAUGAUUUAAUUGCAUGUUUAAAGAGUCAAUCCUAUAUUCCAAACAGGAACCCAACUGGUUCAUUUUUGUUAGCAGUUGAUCAUUGUUUCUCAAUACGUGGCCAAGGAACAGUAAUGACUGGAACUGUGCUAAAUGGGAGCAUUGCUGUUAAUGACAAUGUUGAAAUUCCAGCACUUAAGGAAAUAAAGAAAGUGAAGUCUUUGCAAAUGUUCCGACAACCUGUUAAAAAAGCAUUUCAAGGUGACAGAGUUGGUGUUUGUGUAACACAGUUUGAUCCGAAAAAUUUAGAACGAGGGUUUGUGUGUUCGCCCGGAACAUUACCGACUUUGUUUGGAGCAAUUUUAUCGGUUAACAAAAUUUCCUAUUUUAAAGGAAGCUGCACAAACAAAUCAAAAUUCCAUAUUACAGUUGGUUACGAAACGGUCAUGGCGAAAAUGCAGUUUUUUAAUAUUUCUCACUUGAAUUUUGACGUAGUUAAUGACAGUAUAUUUAAUUUUAAUUGCGAAUACAGUUUUCAAGAGGAACUUAGCGAAAAUAAAAGUUCUGGUGCUCAGUUUGUAUUAUUGGAGUUUGAACGACCGAUUAUAUGUCAAAAAGAUGCUCUUGUGAUUGCUUCAAAGUUAGAUAUUGAUAUAAAUGUAAACACAUGUCGGAUUGCUUUUUAUGGAAAAAUUGUAUAUCCUUUCACAUUGAAAGAUUUUAAAGAAACAUUACUUCCAAAUUUAAAAGUGUAUAAAAUGAAACAGAAGGAAGGGGUUAUCGAGAGAAUGAUGGAUGAUUAUACUGUCAUAGCACGCUCCAUAUUUAAAAAAGAAACAAGGUUAGAAUUGUUUGACAAUAUGAAGGUUACUCUUUCUACUGGUGAGACGGGUCGAAUUGAUGGUCGUUUCGGACAAAGCGGUAAAAUAAAGAUAAAUAUCCCAAACGGUUUAGGCACCCUUACUAAAGAAAAACUUUCAAUUAAAAAAAAGGGUAAGCAGCAACUCACAGCUGAUGUAAAUUCAGAUAGCGUAGAACUUAUUAAAGUUUCCUUGUGUUUCAAAAAAUAUAUCUAUGACUCUACCAAUAAAAUGAUACAAAAUUAAAAAA